AUGGGCGGUUAUAUUCCUCCAGCAGGGUCUUCGGGCUCGCUGUCUUCCACGCCGACUGGCUCCUCCAGCUCGUCAUCUACAAUAACCAUUCCUGAUCCUGCCUCACUCAUUCCUCGCAAUCCUAGUGUUGGGCUCAAACAUUGGGGCCCAUUGGUGCCAGCUUCAGACAACAAAAUGGCACUCUCGAUGCUAACCACGCUCCAGGUGGCUAUAGGGAUACUUGGAUUCCAUAAGGCGAGGGUUCUUCGACGCUCAAACUUGGUAGCGAUGGGAAUUCCAAACACUUUUAGUCGUCGGACCGCAAAAUGGUCAUGUGUUCUUGGUGGAAGUUACAUGAUUUUUACUGCUGGACUCGAGAUUACAAGACUCUUGCUUCCUUACGAUCCAUGGGCAGAAGAAGCCAGGUUAUACCGACGUCUAGCCGUCAAAAAUGGCGACAAACCCAGCUGGUGGUUUGGAGCAUAUCGCUACUUUUCUCCAAUGCCUUAUACCGAGUGGACGAAAAAAACCGAACUGUGGCUAAUGAACGCCAAUAACUACAUCAAUACUGUCGACGCAGCAGCAAAAAAUGGCGAAAAGUCGUCUUUGGGCCAUUCUGCCGUUCUUCGUAAACUCGCCGAAAAGGGCCGCUACAGUGAAAUUCAUGCGAAAAUAAGAACCACAAAUCGUGAAAAAUACAGAAAUCUCCUCGAGAACGACUUGAAAGAUGUGUCUGAAAUCAACAAGGGCUCCAGAAUUGAUCUCAUUUUGGAGGGAAAAGGACCAGUCCAUUAUAAUGAAGACUACACCAAACCACAUCUUCAACUCGGAAACCACCAAAUGGAAACCGACGACGAUUUCGAAAUGGUUUGGAUGAACUUUGAACCAUGGGAGGAAUUAAAACAAGAAACCGACUACGAUAUUCGGUUGGUGCCCAGGUGGAAAUGGAAAAACGAAGAGACAAAUGAAGAGGUACCAUAG